AUGUACUUGCCUGGCGCCUCCCUUGUGCUUCUAUGGGCAACUCAUGCCCUAGCUGCGGGCAACGCAGCACUCCAUCACAACCAAGCUCGCCAAGCGACGCCGUAUGCCGUCAAAGAGCCCCCAUUGACCACACCAUGGACAGACAAAGCUGGCACCAAUCCUUGGCCCGAGUACCCCCGUCCACAGCUCGAGCGAUCUGAGUGGAAGAAUCUGAACGGAAUCUGGCAGUAUCAGGACGCACAAAGCCUGGCUGCUCUCGACAGUCCCCCAUUUGGACAACCUCUCGCACACGAGGUUCUGGUGCCUUCCUGUCUCGAGAGUGGUCUAUCUGGCAUUCAAGGCAAAGAUACCUUGUAUUCAUGGUUUACCACGCAGUUCACAAUUCCUCCGUCUUUCAAAGACCAGAACGUUCUCGUGAACUUUGCCGCGGUAGACUAUGAGGCAACGGUCUUCGUUAACAGCAAGCAGGCAGGGUUCCACCGCGGAGGCUACUUCCAUUUCGCAUUUGACAUCACAGAGUUCGUGAAUCGUGAUGGCAACAACGAACUCCUCGUCUUUGUGCAUGACCCCACAGAUAGUGGCGACAGUGUCAUUCCCAUCGGCAAGCAACGAUUAGUCCCCGCACAUAUCUUCUAUACGCCCUGCAGCGGCAUUUGGCAGAGUGUCUGGAUCGAAGCUGCUCCUGCGAACCAUAUCACCCGACUGGAUCUUGACGCCGACAUGGACGGCAAAGUUACUGUCACUGUGAAUACUGCGACAGAAAGCGCGUCGCCGGUCGAGGUCACGGUCUACGACGGCGAUGAGGAGGUGGGAUCCGGUGAGGGAACGUCAGAUGAGACCUUCAACUUCCUUGUUGAGGAUGUAAAGCUAUGGUCGCCGGACUCCCCGAAAUUGUACAACGUGACUGUCACGAUGGGCGCAGAGGAAGUCCACAGCUAUGUCGGUUUCCGCACGAUUGCGAAAGGCAAAGUCGACGGCGUGGUACGUCCGUUGUUGAACGGUGAAUUCGUCUUCAUGUUCGGGACUCUUGACCAGGGCUACUGGCCUGAUGGACUCUAUACACCACCCACACGAGAGGCUAUGGUAUAUGACCUCAAGUUCUUGAAGGACCUUGGGUUUAACAUGGUUCGGAAACACAUCAAGGUCGAGCCAGCACUGUUCUACCGCGCGUGCGACGAGCUUGGACUGCUAGUCAUCCAGGACAUGCCGUCGCCGCGUCCCCUAUCCAGAAAUGAUGCCUGUGCUACCAGCGACAUCGUGCCGAAUGAGUCGCAACAGGACGAGUUCUCCAGACAGUUGGAGGUCCUCGUGAACCAGUUCAAGAGCUACCCCAGUAUAAUUGCCUGGGUCAUCUAUAAUGAGGGUUGGGGUCAAAUCACAUCGUACUACCCUGAGUUCGAAUUGACAGACCGAGUGAAGGAGCUGGAUCCAAGCAGACUGGUCGAUUCGACAUCAGGCUGGAUAGACCAUGGCGCAGGUGACUUCAGCGACAAUCAUCACUAUGCCAAUCCCCAGUGUGGAACCCCAUUUUAUUCCCUGGCAUCCAGCCCCCAUGAUCCCAGCCGUAUUGGUUUCCAAGGAGAAUUUGGAGGCAUCGGUCACAACGUCUCCAUUGAAAAUCUCUGGAACGUCCAAGAGGCCAUCAACCAUAUCAAUGAGACGUAUGAGAUCGAUGAGACACUCGAGGCAUGGAACUACCGCGGUCACAUCCUGUUAACGGAGUUCGAGGACCAGGUCCGCCGGUUCGAAUGUAGCGGUGGUGUCUGGACACAGACAACCGACGUUGAAGGCGAGGUGAAUGGUCUGAUGACGUACGAUCGCCGCGUGAAGCGUGUGAAUGAGGAGCAGUGGAAGAACGAUAUUCAGGCACUUUAUGAUGCGGCUGCUCAACGGGGUGCUCCGUCCAAGAUGAAGCUGUAG